UUGAAAAUGGACGAGAAAUAUGCAUAACCGCUGGCUAUAGUCACGGAUCGUCCGUUAUAUUCGGGCGUCAAAUGAAGCGCGCCCUUGUCCGAGGUUCAGUUUGCGCGUCCGCCGUCGAAGCGAGCGAGCUUUUUGCUUGAUGAUGCGCGCGACUUCCUCAUCCGACCCACGAAGCUCGUUUGAAAACGAGCGGGAAAUAACCAAUGGCUGACAGUUUGCCACUCGCCGAUCUCCUCUGCCGUGCCUCCGCCAACGGAAAUUUACCAGAGGUUUUGGCACUACUGGACAGAGGAGCGGCUGUCAAUGGAUUGAACAUUUUCAAAAGGACCCCACUACAGGUGGUCAUGUUGGGCAGCACCGCGGUCGCCGAGGCCCUCCUGGAGGCCGGAGGUGACCCCAACCUUCGGGACCCGGUGCUCGACCUCACGAUCACCCACGACGCCGCCCGCGAAGGCUUCGCCGACACGGUGCGGGCGCUCCUGGCUCACGGGGCGGACGCCAACCUCGCGGACUUACACGGGAACCUCCCGCUGCACGCGGCCGCCAAGACGGGCCGGGUAGAGGCGCUGCGGGUCCUCCUGGAAGCCACCGCGGACCCGUUGAAGGUGAACCGGGACGGGGAGACCGCAGAGCAGGUGGCGCUCCGACACGGGCGGAAUGACGCGGCCGCCUGCAUCCACGGCUACCUCGUUUCGGGAGAGCCAAUCGGUACUAUUCCAAAUACCCGUACACGCUUUUAUAUGUGAGUACUUUAUAUUCAUUUUAAUAUUUGCCGAGGAUAAUCUACCUCAGUUACUGUGUACCAUUCGACACAUUGUUGGAUUGAAAACAAAUUUCAAAGAACAAAAUAGUUCAAAUAAUGUUUUGCAUUUUUAGUUAAAAUAUUUGUUUAGGCAAAAAGAACAUGUUGCCCUCUCAACACAUUCGACUACUCCCCCCCCCCCCAAAAAAAAAAAUGACUAUCAUCCAUGACAUAAUCUACUUUUCACAGUUACCUAAAUACUUUUUCGGAAAAUAGGCAGAAAAAUAUUUUUCCAUUCAAAAUUAAUUUUAUGAAAAAAAGAAGCAUGCCUCCACCCCGUUUUAUUAAAAUAAUUGUGUUAUGUGCCAUUGCUGUAACGUUCAUAAAUGACAUAACCACCUAGCCACUGUUGUCAGAAUCUUUAUCUAUAUUAGUGGAGCUAUACUAUAUGUUGGAAUAUAGGCACAAUAAACAUAUUUUUUUGCAAUGUAAUUCUAUUAAACAAACCAGAAAAAAAGUGUAAUUCAAGUCAAUUUUAUCAAGCGGAUUAGCCAAAAUUUUAAAAUCCGCUAUACCGUCAAUGACAAUCUGGCAACUAUUGUUACCAUUAGCUUGGGUUUUUUUUUUUUCAUUACCGGUCGAUAGUU